GGCGCCACUUGAGCGAUAGUGGCGACCGGCGGCGGUGUACAAGUGCGAAUACGCAGUAGAAAUCGUGUCGGCGCCGGUUGCGUUGUCUUCUGAUCCAGAGCUCAGUUCAAAGCUGCUCAAAAAUGUCGGGUCGCGGGCAGUUGUUCAUCGGUCGCUUGCCGUUGGACACCAGGGAGAGAGAUGUGGAACAAGUAUUCGAACGCUACGGCCGUCUCCUGCGAUGCGACGUCAAGUACGGCACAGGCAUGGCAUACGCCUUUGUGGAUUACGAAGACCAUCGCGAUGCCGAGGACGCAGUCAAGUACGAGAACGGCCGGGAGAUCCGGGGCCAGAGCGUGGUGGUGGAGUGGGCUCGUGGGCCCUCCUUUCGGCCAUCAGCUGGAAAGCAAUCUAGGCAGACGCCAGACAGACCUCGGGACCGAAUGGGCUAUCAGAGCUUUGAUGAGUGCUACCGCUGCCGUCGGACUGGCCACUGGGCCCGCGACUGCCCAGAGCUGGACCACGAGAGAGCCCGCUACUACGGUGGAGGGGGCGGGGGACGCAGGAGCCGCAGCCGUAGUCGCAGCCGCAGCAGGAGCCGAAGUGGACACAGAUCGUACCGCCCCCGCGGUCGUCGCUCCCGAUCAAGGUCAUCGAGCCAUCGCCGCAGCUGGACUCGCUCACCUUCCCCACGUGACAGCCGACACCGCUCUCGCCGGGAUGCAUCCGAAAACGGUGGCCGGCGUAGUCCUAGCCCUGUACGUCGGGGAAGCCGGAGCCAGUCACGCUAACAUGUCCUCAUCUUUGCUUGCAUUCAUUGUCCUUUGUUUGCGUUGUCCUCUGUUGCAACAAUAAAGUGUUUGCUGUGUGUGUC